AUGUCCGAACCAGAGAAUGAAUCGGAAUUAAAAGAGGAACUCGAUGAUUUAUUUGGAGAUGAAGAUGGUGGGGAACAGGAAGAAAUAGUUGAAGAAGAUGAAGAUAAUGAUGAUGAACAAAGUGAAACUGAACGUACACAACAAUCACAAUCACAAUCAAUACGAAAUAACACAUAUUUAUCACAAUCUGAAGAAGAAGAAGAAGAAUAUCCAGAAGAAACCCAGAAAAAAAUACUUGAUAUAUCAUUACCACGUCAUGCAAUAUCUUCAAUUUCAGAACAAACUCAAAUUUUAAAAACUCCAAUGAAUUUAAAAAUUUCACCACAUCCAUUUGAUCCAAUUGAAUUUAAAAAUGAAAUUGAAGAAAAUCAAGAAAAAAGAAUUUUAAAAAAAUUAAAUUCAAAACAAAUUUAUAAUGAAAGAAUUAUUGAAAAAUUAAUAAAUGAAACUACUAUUAGAUGGAGAUAUCAUAAUUCAGGUAAUGAUGAAAUUAUAAAACAAUCAAAUUCUCAUUUUAUUCAAUGGGAUGAUGGAUCAAUAAGUUUAAAAAUUGGAGAAGAAAUGUUUGAUGUUAAAACAUUACCAAUAGCAGAUAAUUACCUUGUGAAUUCUUUAGAAAAUUUUGAAAUUUUACAAUCAAAUUCUCAAAUUAAUCAAAUUAUAAAUUUAUUUCCAUCAUCAAAUAAUAGUUUACAUAAAAAAUUAUUACAAAAUUUGAAAAACAUUCAUUCAAAAGAUAAAAUUUUAAAUACUAUAACAGAAGAUGAUCCAUUAAAACAACAAAGAUUAGCUGAUGAAAAUGAAAAAAGAAAAUUAAAAAUGAAAAAACAAUUAGAAGCCAAGAGGAGAAUUGAAGAAGAAAAAUGGGAAAGAGGAGAAAGUCCAAGUUUGAAAGAAAGUUCUUAUAAAAGAUUUUCAAGAACUUAUGGUGAUGAUGAUGAUGAUGAUGAUGUUGGUGGUGCUGGGUUAGGAGAAGGAUAUGAUGAAGAAGAUGAUUUUGUAGCUGGUGAUGAAGAAGAAGUUGAAGAAUUUGAUGAUGAUAAUGAAGAUGAGGAAGAAGAAGGUGAAGAGGUAGAAGAUGAUGAAGAAAAUUUAAAAGCAAAUGCUGAAAGAUUAAAAAAAUUAAAAGAUGAAGGUGCUGCUAAAUAUAGAGAAAAAUCUUCAACUGUGGAACCUGAAACUGAAACUAGGAAAAGAAAAAGAAUUAUUGAAAGUGAUGAUGAAGAUGAAUAA